AAGAUUUUGACAGGUAGGACUGUCUGUUUACUUUGCGCAUGUUUACGUUUUUGCAUUUUGAUUUUUGUGGUUGAAAAUUGAAUUAACUAGAAACUGAUAAUAUAUAACGAUACCAAAUUUAUGAAUCGCUACGUGUAGGUAGAAAAAAUGGCAAAAGCACAAAUCGAAGAAGACUGGCAAUCAAAAUGCGGAACUGCAAAAGAGCGAGGAUCCUAUCUUUUACAAACUGAAUCGUGGUCAGAUUGCAAAUUUCGAGUUGGCCAGCAAGUCAAAGUGUAUUUUAGUGCCCAUAAACUAAUAUUGGCAAGUUCAUCACGAGUAUUCGAAGCAAUGUUCUACGGUGACCUGGCAGAGACAAGGGAUGUAAUAGAUAUUACCGACAUUCAACCUGAAGCCUUCAAGGCUAUGCUAGAGUACAUCUAUACAGAUGUGUUAAAACUGAAGACUUGUGAUGAAGCUUGUGCUCUUUACCAGUGUGCUGACAAGUACAACUUGAAACGUUUGUGUGAAGGAUGUGUAAAGUUCUUAUUAAGCAAUGUGAAGCCUGAAAAUGUCUGUCAAAUAUUUGAGUUUGCCAAGAUGUAUAAUGAACAGGGUUUAAUAGACAAAACUAUUCAAAUCAUACAUGCCCACACUCCAGAAGUGCUAAACAGUAAUGCUUUUUUUGAAUCGAAACCGUCUACAGUGGUAGAUAUAUUUUCACAGCAAAUUUUAAAUAUAAAAAGCGAAAUUGAGUUGUUUGAUGCUGCUGAACGUUAUGCUAAUUCCUAUGGUGACAUUGCUGAAUCUAAUAAUGGUAAUAAUCGAAAGAGGAAGCUCUUUGAACAUGUUUCCCCCAAGAAUGAACGUGAUAUUAAUUGCGAGAAAAUUGUUGAUGAUAGUCGGUCAUCUAGUCUGUCAUCUGGGUCAUCUAGUCUGUCAUCUGACGGGAUGUUUAUUUCCCAACAAAACAAUAUUGAAAUAGAUGACAACAAGAAAGAGGUAUUCCGUCAUAUUGUAUCAAAAAUUUUGUUUUUGACUAUGACGGCCGAGCAGUUUGCGAACAGAGUGGUCCAGUCUCCAUACAUGACCCAAGACGAUUGUUACGGUUUGAUCAUGAACAUAGUUUCUGAAACCACUAAUGUGCCAUUUCCACUUGGUUUCUGCGGGUACAGGCGCCCGCGAUACAAACUCAUUACUGAGUCUGACAGCCAUGUUGAUCACACACCAAACAAAGCACCGACGAGACCCGAAGCAAUAUUCGCGGUUACAGUGCCGACCUUUAAACAGUACCGCCAUGUAUCCAAACCGUUUUAUGUCAGGAACAUGAAAUGGCGUGUCGCCGUGGACCCUCAGCCCAAUAUAAACGAUCCAAAGCAAAUGGUGCUUGGUAUCAAUCUGAUGGCCGUGUAUCCCCACAAACCAACCUUCACCUGUUCAGCUGAAGUGGAGCUUGGCAUAGCAUUGACUCUUAAGCCGAAUACACAUCAUGUCUUGAAGAAGACUACGCAUUUAUUUACCAUGAAAUCAAAAUAUGUUGGUGCUAUGAUACCAUUUAAUGAUAAUUUAUUCGAUCCUUCUAUCGGAUGCGUGAAGAAUAACUCGAUAACCAUAAUCGUCAAAAUAAAAGCCAAUGAAGUGAUAGGAGUUUAAGCAUUUUUGGUCAUCAGCAUCAUCUAUAUACACUCUAGUAUACUAUUAUUUAUUAAGACAAUUGUUAUGUUAAAACAUAAGCAAAAUCGGCUUGGUCUCUAAAUAUUUUUAAUUAUUUUAACUGUAAUAAUAUGAUUAUUGCAUUCGAAGUUGUUAUUGUUAUGUUGAGUGCGUAGCUGGAUUUGAAAUCUGCCGGUAUGUGAUAUGUUUUGCUAUGUCACAUACAUGUGACUUAUAUGUAUAUAUAUUAAAUGUUAUAGGUAUAUUUAUUAGUUUUUGAAAAUAAUACGGCAAGUCAAAAAUUUGAGAGUAACAUUGCUGUUUCUAGUAAAAUACAUAUAAUAUUGUAUCAAUAUGCUAUUUCGUGUUGUAUCUCUCUCAAUCUCAAUGUUUGAUAUAAGAUAAAAAAUAGCUGUUGUUUGAAUAAAUUCACUUAUAAUCGUGCAUGAUAUAAUUAUACUUAAUUAGUAGGACUGAGAUAAUGCAGGAUCGAAAGGGCCAUAUCUAAAUUCGAUGAUACGAUUUUUUUGGAAUCUGGUUGAUUUAGGUUAAAAAUAUCCUAAGGUAUAGUCUAUAAUUCAGAUUUUAUUAAGUUAAGAAAAUAACUUUAGUAGUAAUGGACUGGUUAAAUAUAUUAGGUUAAUGUUACAUCAAAAUCAUAAUCUUAGAAACUAUCCCCCGAACUCCCCUUUAACAUAAAGCUCGGGGGGAUGGGUUGAAAUAGGUCCCAAUAUGUGGUGGUGGAAAAGUCUUGUGGUGCGCUGUCGUCCCCAACUAAGUAAUAAGAAAAAAAAAAGUAUAAUAAGUUCGUAUUACUAUUUUCUGUAUUUAUCCUUAAAAUUUGUGCUUGGAAAUGUUAAUAAAAAAUGUGUUUUAUAAAAGGAGUGCAAUAUUUUUCAAAACGAAUGUAAUAUUAGAAUAUUUUCAGAACAAUUACAAUUUUGUUGAUUCACAAACGUUACAACGUUUCGUUCGAUCGCAAAAAACAACAUUUUUAGGACUGUUGAAAUUAUUUAGAAAAAUAUAAUGAUAUCCGAACCCUACUUAAAAUAUUGUGUUCAGAAUGUUCUGCUCAUACUUAAAUUCCACUUGGUUCGCAAGCCGCUAAGUUCACUUCAAUUGUGAUUGAGUCAUUUCUAAUGUAACCAUUUUUUGGGUCAAGAAUCUUCUCCAUCAAUAUGCCUGAACCACGAUUUUUGUCCGUGCUGGAAACAUACAUCAAAAUCUGUUUAAUCAUUGAACUAAUCAAAACAGUGGUAGGUAUUUAAAUUUUAUCUAUUUUAAUAUAAUGCCAACAUACUAACCUUUCAACUUGCCAAAGUUUUAAAAUUUAACCUGUAUAAUUAAGUAUUAUUAUUAUACUGAAUUGAAUAUUUCUGGAAUAAAUUACCUAAUGUUUAUAUGUCUGUAACUCUAAGUAUCUUAUAUGUCUGUGGUAACUCAAUAAUAUACAAAAAUAAAAUAUAAUAUUUCUCCUUUCA